AUGACCACUUCUAAAACGGUUUUACUUCUGAAAAACAAAACAGAAGGAAAUGAUAGAUAUGACGUUUUAUUCAAGGAAAAGGGAUAUAAUCCCAAAUUUAUACCAUUAAUCAAGCAUACACAUCUCCCGCAAGAACUUUUACAUUUAAUUGCUGAUGAAUCGUACUUAAAGAAUUUGCGUUACAUUGUAGUUACAUCCCAAAGAACUGUGGAAUGUAUCAAUGAGCAAAUAUUGCCUCAAUUAACUGAUAAACAAAAGCAGUUGCUAUUUGAUAAGGUAGUGUAUACUGUCGGGCCCACGACUGCUAGUUAUUUGGAACGUAGUGGAUUUAAGAACAUAAAAGGUGGGCAUGAAGCUGGUAAUGGUGAUAUAUUAAGUGAUAUUAUUGUGAGCGACCUUUCUAGUAAUAAUAAGGACAAUAUGCAUGAGAUCUUGCUAUUAGUAGGAAAAAUAAGAAGAGAUAUCAUUCCAAAAAAAUUGAAUGACAAUGGCUUUUCCAUCAAAGAAGUUAUAGUAUAUGAAACGGAUACUCUCAAAGACAACUGUGAAAAUUUUCAAGCGACUUUAGAAGAUAACUGUUGGGUUGUUGUCUUUAGUCCUCAAGGUAUAGAUGAUAUAUUAGAAUAUAUAAAGCAGAAUAACAUUUUGACAAACCACAAAAUCCAAAUUGCAGCAAUUGGACCAACUACAGAAAAGUUUUUGAACCAGAAUGGUAUUUACGAAAUGAUUGUUAGUCCUAAGCCUGACGCCCAUUCUUUGCUAAAUGAAAUUGAGCGCCAUUCUAAACAUGAGACGUGA